AAUGCGGAUGAUGCAGGAGCUCGCACAUUCAAAUUAUAUAUUGACGAAAGAGAUUUCAGGGGGAAAGAUCGAUCAAGCCUUCUAACCGAAGGAAUGCAUCAUUGGCAAGGUCCUGCCUUGUGGAUUUACAAUGAUGCAGAAUUUAACGAAAAUGAUUUUAAUUCGCUACUUAGUCUUGGAAGAAGUGACAAAUUGUCUGAUAAAACGAAAAUUGGUCGUUUCGGAAUUGGAUUUAAUUCUAUAUUUAACCUUACUGAUCUUCCGAGCUUUGUAAGCGGCGAAUAUAUUACAUUUUUGGAUCCGCAUUCCAAAUAUCUUCCCGAGUUAGGAAAUCCACCAAGGAAUCCACUUGGAAACCGGUACAACUUUGUUAAAGCCAAGUUCAGGGAGAGAUGGUAUAGUCAAGCCGAGCCAUACAUAUCUGUGGAAGGAUGUGAUUUAAUAAAAAGAUAUAAUGGAACUUUAUUUAGAAUUCCACUGAGAACAUAUGAGGUGAACAAUUCAAGCGAAAUAUCUGAGUGCAGUUUACAUUAUUUGGAUGACAAUCAGUCGAAGUUAAUCUGGAAAACUAGGAUUAACGACAUGGACGAGAAUAUAAGAAAUAUGCGCCGUUCGAUCACCGAUGAAGCAAAAGUAUUUCAACUUAACAUUGAAAUGCAAGUUUUCAAUCAUGGUACCGCGAAACAUGUAAGAGGACAAACCAAUAAGAGUCUUGAACACUGGCUUCUAUGUUCUGGAGGAAACGAAAAGGUCAGAGAAGAUUUGAAAACCCUUUCGGAUGAGAAAAAACCUAGAGGGGCUGUUGCCGCACUAAUAGCAAAUAUGGAAGAAAAUGAUGAGAAGAAUGACGGAGAAUUUAUUUCAUUCUCCAACGCCGUCUUUGGAGAAUCGAAAAGAGAAUAUAUCGUCCCUGAUCUUCUUAAACUGCAUAAUGUUCCGAUAGUCAAAGUAUCUGAAGAACAAUAUAAACACCUCGAAGAGCUUUCGAGCCGUAUAUCUCCAAACUUAAUUACGUCGGAUUUGGUGUGUAAUACAUUCCGUAAUAAGAAAAAUAUGUGGGAUUCUUAUAUAACAUUGGAAGACAAAAAAGUCGUGAAGAAAGCUAUCGAUUAUUUAUUAAGAUUCAUUCUAGAAGGAACCGAUCCUCAGGAUACCAAAACUUACGAAAGGUUAAUCGAAUUACCGCUGGUUCCUCUUUAUGAUGACGCUGUUGGGACCUUUUGUGAGAUGGAAUAUUAUAUAGCUGAAGAAGAUUAUCGAAAAUUAUUUAAUAAGACAAGAUUAUCUCACUUCGUGACUGAGCUGCCGUUCGAUGUUAAGAAUAAGGAGAUUUCAAAAUUAUUGAAAAUCUCAGAACUUGAUGCGAACAGUAUCCUUAACCUACUCGAGAUCGAAUUGCCUACAGUCGAACAUAUGGAGUGGAAUCCCUUUGGUGAAUCAUACCCAAAUAAAAAAUGGCUUGACCUUAUUCUGACAAAAUUUAGCGAAGAUUCCGUGUUUGAAUUUCAUAGAUUAGCUAGACUUCCUCUUCUUCCCGUGAUUCACCCACACCAAAAGCUUAUCCGGUUCGAUAAAUCUAACUCAUUAUUAUUUCGAGGAGGAAAUCUUGAAUAUUCUUUGAUCCUUGUGCUAUAUAAAUUGGGCGUUAGAUUUACUGAAUUAAAGUUAAUUGAUAACGCUCACCCGACGCUUAAGGAAUGGCAUCUUCUUAAAUCGAAGCUUAAAAUAUGUUCGUUACCGCAUAAAAAGAUUUUUAAAGUUGAAUCAGAUAUAGAUUACGACACGCUAUUAUAUCUUAAAGUUAAGUGCAUGGACGAACCGACAUACAUCGCCAAUUAUUAUGAUUACAUGAAUAUAAUAUCUAAUGGCAAAUAUUUGGAAUUCUUGAAGAGCGCUCUUUUACUGGAAAAUAACCAAGUAGAAGAACAUCUUAAAAAUCUUGAAUUAUUUCGCGAAAUUUUCAGAAAUACAGAUAAAAUUUUACCAAUACGAUUUCAAGAGGAUGAAGAUAUCUUGAGAAUUCUAGAAAGGAUGGAGCUCAAGCGUCGUAUAAACUCACUCACAUUUAUUGAAUGUGCUCGCGAGAUUGAAAGUAAGAUCCACACCACUCCAAAAGCUGUUAUCAAAUCAUUAGCCCGAAGACUAAUGACGGAAUUGUUUUCACGUUACGAAGAAUUGUCGUUUGAUCCACGACAAUGGGAAGAGCUCUUGUCCAUAAAGUUCGUUCCCACCGAUACAAACCUUCAAGAGCAUUAUGGUAUAUAUAUGGAAGAAAUAGUCUCUUUGAAUUCCGCCUGCUUUUACAAAUAUAAAGAUUUAGUGUGGACACAAGUUCCACUUUUCGACAAAUUGCUCGAUGAUCCACCACUAAAAUUGUCCAAUUUAUGUAAGCCUAAACUAAUGAAUGUCAUUAAUUAUUGGGAAGCAGUUACAUCUAUAAUUGCUCAAACUGAAAGGACUGAUUGGAGAUAUUAUGGAGAGAGAAAACAAUUUCUGGACAUGAUGAAAGAAAUUUACGAACAUAUAAACUCGCAAAUAAACGAACAAAACAAGGAAGAAAUUAAAUUACGAAUAAGUAGGAAAAAAUUAUUUUUAAACGGAAAUGACCCAUUCGAGCUAAAAAGUUGGGUGUCGGGACCUAGUUUAGUAUAUGGCAUUUCCGAAGAUAUUGGAAAAAAUUUACAUAAAGUCUCUUCGUUUUUAGAAAAAUGCAAAUCUCUAUUAAAAUUGGCAGGAGCGGAAGAGUUAAUAGGUGUGCGGUCAGAAAUAGAAAUACGGGAGCAUAAUCAGAGGACUUAUUUAUUGGACCAGUUGCUUGGUCUUUUGAAGAGACAAGAAAAAACACCGCAUCACGAUGUUGAAUUUUGUUUUCCCAAUAACGAAAAUAUUUAUGCAAAUAGAUAUGUACUUUCAGAUAUAUUGGAGAAAGUUAUAGUAGACGAAUGUGACGCGAAUAAUGUGAUGGAAAUUACAGAAUGGGCAAACUUUUGUAAUGCUAAACAAUUAAAAAAGCAUUGUUUGAAAUACAUCAAAGAAAAUCAGAAAUUAUUGGUGCAAAAGAUAUCAAAAGAAAUGGAAGACGCCGAAGAGGGAGAAGAGUAUAUGGAAGAUUUUGAAGCGUUAUUGGAAGAAGCUAAUAACAUGUCUAAUGUUUAA